CCCGGAUAGAUUUAGCAGUUUGUAUACAAUGAGCUGCUCCGUUUGCGGAAAAUCGGACGUGAAGUAUCGUUGUCCUGGCUGUAAUCGUCGCACGUGCAGCCUCCAGUGCGUGAGAGAUCACAAAGAACGCUGGAGUUGCGAUGGCAGAAGAAACAAGACAAAAUAUAUAUCAAUAGGCAAAUAUUCUGAUAAAGAAUUACUCAGUGACUACAGAUUUUUGGAAGAGACUAGUCGGCUUGCUGAUAGAGCUUCAAGAGAUAACAGAAGUUUCAAAGCUGAACAGAGAUGGAGACGAAGGCAACCAGCUAAAUUAUCUCUUCUGGAGAGGCAGGCACGACGUCAAUCUAUUUUACUGCAAAGACUUCCAAAAGAAUUUUCAAAGCGUCAAGCUAACACUUCAUUUUAUGUUUACAAAACUAAAUCAAUUCUGUGGAGAAUCGAGUGGAAGUUUCCUCACAUGAAUGUCAGCUUUGUGGAUGGAAGAUUGUCAGAAAAAUGUGUUCUUGGUCAAGCAUUAGGCAAGUACAUUGAUCCUAAACAUGGAGAUCCAUUGAUAAGACACAGGCUAAAACUGUACUCCCAGCCAAAUGAAGUUUGUGUUGUCAUGAGGGUAGAGAGAUGUUCUGUUGAUCAGGCCAGAUAUCAUCUGCUUGACAAGACUGCAACUAUCAAUAGCAACUUGCAGCACAAGUGCAUAGUAGAGUUUCCAACAUUUGUUGUUCUGCUUCCUUCAGAAUUUGCUGCUUAUCCUCUCAUAACCCAACCAGACAGAAAAAUAGAGUCAGACUCUGAGAGUAGCAGUAGCAGUGAAGACAAUAAUGAUGUUCACCAGAGUGACAAAACAGCUACCUUCUGCACAGAUUUACCAGAUGAGAAGAGCAGUGCUGGAGGUUUAGUCAACACACAUGAAACUUGAUUAUGUUUCUAAAAGUCACUAAAGUCAAAUUGGUUUACUUGAGAUGUUCCUAAUCUUUUAUCAAAUAUCUUUGAGUUUCCUUGCAGAAAUUGCAAUUUACUGUGGUUACAUAUCUAAGUUUACGUUUCAGAAAUAGUUUAACAUGCAGAUGAUUUGUU